GAACACCACGCGCCUCCAGCGGGGCGGAUCUCUAACAGCAGCAGCCAUGUGGAGAGACUUCUGGGAUGCUGGCGGAUUAUAAGGCGGGGAUUCCAGUGACCCAGGUAUUGGUCCAGUGCUCGAGGGUCGUCUAAAAGCCUGCCGUUAUCUCUUCACUAUAAUAACACAUCAGCUUUAACCGGUGACUUCUUGUGUCCGAGUGUAUAUUGGCUCGUUCAGUCUGCAGUGGGGCGACUCUCGUGACGGAAGUGAGCCACUUAGAGUAGCUUUUAUCCUUUUUUGUGGUCAUUGUUUGGUGCAGAUUUUCUCAUAACGUGAGACACGAUGCGAAUUCGGACAGGAAUCGCCUUGAUUUUUCUCGCAGCUUUUGCAUUUGUUGCAGCUGAGGACGGAGACAGCAGUGAAAGCGUGAUCGAACAGUUGGUUGUGGAGACGUUGGUGAAGCCAGAGACAUGCACGGUCACAUCCGAGAUGGGAGACACGCUUCAAAUCCAUUACACGGGUCGAUUAAUGGACGGGAAGGUGAUUGACACCUCUCUGUCUCGUGAGCCUCUGGUCGUAGAGUUGGGCAAGAGGUCUGUCAUCACAGGCCUAGAGCAAGCCCUGGUCGGAUUGUGUGAAGGACAAAAAAUCAAAGCCACGAUUCCAGCUCAUCUCGCGUAUGGAAAGAGAGGAUACCCUCCAACCAUUCCAGGGGACAGCACACUUGAGUUUGAGGUGGAGGUGAUCUCUCUGUCCCAGCAAACGCCGUGGCAGAAGAUAGUUAAUGACAUCUUGCCUCUUUUGUGCUUGGCGCUGGUUCCCACUUUACUGGGUUUAGUGGGUCUCUACCUCUACAACAAAGCACGUGCACAACCUCAAGGCAAGAAGAAGAGCAAAGACAAGAAAAGCAAGAAGAAAUAAGUUUUAAAGCCAAAAAGAAUAAACUAUUUAAAUAAAAAAAUGCUUUGGUGCUUUUUUUUUCUUGUGACUUAUUUGAGGACAUUAAAACAUUCAAUUAAAACUC